ACGUACAUACGUAGUACGUGCACGCUUCCGGAGCCGGGCAUGCGCGCAGCGUCCCAGAAUCAAGAUGCCUUCCGCGCGCUCUCGCAGCUCUGUCUCUACAGCUGCCGUGGGAAUGCUACCGGAGUACGACAGCUACACCGUGUAGGAGGAGCCAGCGGCGUGUUUCCGCUAACAGCAGGCCGAGCCGAAGAGAGGCACCGCGGUCUGAAAUCUAUGCUGCCGUACUGAGAAUAACAGAGCUGUGGAGGAACAGUUGUCAGGACAGUUACAGUACAAGUUUGAUUGGUACGGGGCUUUGGUUACCCACACCAGGGAGCAAGGAAGAAGAAGGAGGUGAAGGAGUGGCAGCUGGACUGUCAGCAAUGGAAGCCGAGUUUCGGGAAAUCGAUGAAAACGGGAGUUGGGGCGCCGUUUAUCAGGAUAUUCGUCAGCAGUCAUGUGAACUCCCUUGCAAGGUUGCCAAAUUACCUGAAAACAAGAACCGAAAUCGUUACAGAGAUGUAAGCCCAUUUGACCACAGCAGAAUAUGUCUGCAGCUGGGUACGAACAACUACAUUAAUGCCAGCCUGAUCACAGCGGAGGAGGCGCAGAGGCACUAUAUUCUCACUCAGGGACCCCUUCCUAAUACAUGUGGCCACUUCUGGGAGAUGGUGUGGGAGCAGAGGACCCGCGGUGUGGUGAUGCUGAACAGAGUCAUAGAGAAAGGAUCUAUUAAAUGUGCCCAGUACUGGCCACACAGAGAGGAAAGAGAUGCUAUCUUUGAAGAUACCAAUUUCAAGCUGACUCUUGUCUCAGAAGACAUCAAGUCUUACUACACAGUCCGUCAGCUGGAGCUAGAAAACCUGUCUGUAAGUCUCUUUAUCCUGAGAGUUUUUUUUUUGUCCGUGUGUAAUAUAGACUUUGUUUUAUAUAAUAAUCCUUCUCAUGUUCCUUUACAGACUCAAGAGACCCGAGAGAUUUUACAUUUUCACUACACCACCUGGCCUGACUUUGGGGUACCAGAGUCUCCUGCCUCCUUCCUUAACUUCCUGUUCAAGGUGCGAGAAUCAGGGUGUCUAAACUCAGAUCAAGGACCAGUGGUGGUGCACUGCAGUGCCGGCAUUGGACGGUCUGGGACUUUUUGUCUAGUGGACACCUGCCUCUUACUGAUGUCCAUGCGUAAGGACCCGUCUUCCGUGCGUAUUCGUGAUGUGCUGCUUGAGAUGCGACGCUAUCGGAUGGGUUUGAUUCAGACGGCAGAUCAGCUUCGCUUCUCCUACCUCGCUGUCAUUGAAGGUGCCAAGUACAUCAAAGGAGAUACGUCUCUGCAGGAAUCAUGGAAAGAGCUGUCAAAUGAGGAAGAUGACCCUCCAGAGUUCACCCCUCCUCCUCCUCUUCCUCCUCCCAGAGACCCUCACAACGGCAAAGUUGAGCCUUCUUUUUUCCCUGAAUUUGAAGAACUAUUCCAACAGAUGGAAAUCCGCAGUCUGGGGGCUUCACAAGAGUCAGAACUGAGAAAGAGGAACGUUGCCACCUCUCAGUCUCCUCCAGAUGGUGGUGGCCCGCUCGACGGUCACGCUGGAAUCCAAGAUCAAACCUCGACAGCUCCAACCAAAUCCCAGCAGCAGCUCGAGUCCGAGGAUCAAGAGUCGCCUGAAGCAGUGGAGCAGCCAAAGCAAAGCCCUCCUGUCCCGGAGACCUGGUCCCCUCUAAUAACCAACGUGUGCCUGUGCACAGCGCUGGCCCUCAGUGCUUACGUCUGCUAUCGAGCCUAUUUCCACUGAUGUCUGUCCCUCUGCCUCAUUUUGCGUUCCUCACUGUCUCUCCACUGACAUCGCAAAGUGGACUGGGUUGACCAAUCAGCCUGCUUUGACCGUGCGAGUGGGUGGAUUAUUCAGACUUUUCAGCUUCACUCGAUUAUUUUACAAAAUGCAGUGUGAGGGGUCAGCUAGUUGGAGUAAGAAGGCUGCCAAUUGCCCACUAAACUUUUUCAAUAAGUCAUCUUGGAUGCUCAGGGCCUUGUUUUUUUCAGGUGUCACAUCCCAAAAUGCGCUGGCUUAGAAACAAACUCAACAGACACCAUCUGCCGAGAUAAAUAGGUUUGUUUUAGGUCCUGUGCUCUAUGAACCAGGACGAAUGGCUGGUCAGCCAUUUUUACUCGUGUCUCCUCUUAUAUACCAAAUGUGUUCUUCCAUUUCAGCCUUUACUCAGGCCUCUGUUUGCUCUCACUUUGUUUUGAUUUCACAAAUAACUCAUGGAGCCAGAUUUUUAACCAGCUUGUCUGAACAUUUGCCAGAAAGGGAGACACUAAUGAGAAUAGCUUGUUUUCCUCCAAAACGAAUAAUGUUGAAAACGAGAAAAAAGAUGAAUAAUGUAAAAGCAAGAAGGUAGCACAACCCUGUGCCUGCUUGAUAAGAGAUGCAUGCAUUGUUUGUCCUCUCUAGUGGUCCAUGAAGGACUGCAGGAGGCUUGCUAGUUGAGUACAUAGAGUUAGGGUUGUCACAUGAUCAGGAUUUAAACGCGGACAUGAUUCUACUUAAAAUCAAACAAUAAUAAUAGAUGUUUUAACACCACAGCCAUAAAAAUUAAAGGCACACACUAUCAGGUCAUUCUAAUUGCUGGCCGACUGCUGCACACUCACCAGUGUGUCUGUGCAGUUCAGACAGUGCUCGCACUUUUGCUUGUGGCAACUUUUGGUUAAAAAUAUGACUGAAAAUCAGGAGUUUUUUUUUAAAGCUUUAGUUCUCUUAUCAAUCGUUCAGUUAAUAGAGAUUGUAUCAUUUUAAGCCACGUGGUAUCAGAAAUCUCUACAACCUCACAUACUAAACAGUCUGUGUGUUUGUGUAUGUAUAUUUGUGUGAGUGAUAUGCAGUUGGAGCUCUCUACUGAUGCUAUUUACUUGAUGUGAAGCAUAAAUAUAACAUUUAAAAUGCAACAUGAAGACUGAGAUUCUAGAUUCUCAGUGUUUAAGCUCCCUGGUGGCUCAAAAGUGACAAAUGUCUUUUUAAAAACAACAGAGGCAGGGUGGUGUCUCAUUGCCAUCUCACCUGGCAUUUAAAAACUAGAAUGCUGUAACGCCUGCCUUUUUAUCUGUUACUGUUUAGGAAAUGCCAAAAAAAUGCGCUACAUAACCUCAACAUGUUGUAACCGAAUGCGUGUUCAGUAGUAAGAGACACGCAGGAAUGUCAGCGAAACGAGACACAAAGUAGCACCCUCUCUCUCGUAACACCCAACUCUUUUCGCCAGCAAUACAAACACUUGUUAACAUCACCCUUUACUUUAUCAAACUGAGUUUGAACAGGGAUUUUAAACGAACCAAAAACCAAACACCAGCACAGGGAUGAAAACAAAACACUGUAGUGAUGAUCCGUUGUAUCAUGGCGCGGCCCUGAGCUCGCAAUAUUGUUUUCUAUGAUUUUUUUUAGCAUGCUGCAUUUGUGAAUCAACAGGUUUGUCCUAAAAAGAGAUUAGCUGAGCUGCUAGCAUUCAGUUUACCUUUUUGACUCGACGGUGAGUCUGACAGCUGUACCUUUCUUUAGAAUGUAUAAAUGUCCUCCACAGGGACACACUCGUAUUAGAUAUAAAUAUAUAUUUUUUUCAGAUCAGGUUUCAGUGUGCUGAGUUUCUUUUUGUUUAAUUCAGCUUUAGCAAGGGAUUAAAUCUCAGCACCUGUGCAGCCAUUGCACAGGGUUCUCCUGUUUUUUCUAUACUUAUGCUGAGCUCAAAAACAUGUAUUUUUUUAAUUUACAUUUGUUGUUUUCCUUUUUAAAUAAAAAAUGAACUGUU